GUUCUCAGCCCUGCCCCUGACAAGAUGCCAUUCAAAACACACACAAAACUUGCUGUCUGUAAGCCAACUGCCGUAAGGAGCAUCCUGUCAUGCAGCUCCUUGCUGGAGGCCAAGAAGCCAUCUUCCCGCCCAGACUGGGGCCAGUUAAAAACGCGACAAUUCCUGGUUGCUGUGGCAACAGCGUCCGCGCAGAGACAAAGCACCGCAACAGCGAACCGGCGGCAGCAGCGACCAGACUGCACCCCUUCACCUCGGCAACGGGCACGGUACAUCUUCGGUGAAAGCGAAAGAAAAACAAAACGCAAUUUAAGCGGCGGAUUAAGGAGCCGCCUAAAUAUGUGAAGACGAAUUUCUGGCGCCUGGCAUCUUCGACUGCUGCAGGAAGGAGCUUCUUUGUGUCAAUGUUUAUCCCAGUUUAAUGACUAGAUCUUCCCAAUACAUUUACCAAGCGCAUGGGCUAAUUAGAAGAUUGUACCAUUUCAAGACAAACCCAUCAUGGAUCAAGGCUGGAUUUCCAAGGAUGACAUUGAUUCAGAAAUGCAGCCUGUGCAAAACAAAGCUGAAGGAGAGGCUUAUGCUCGGCAACUUUUGGAGGGACAUAUAAAAUACAUCACAACCGUUGUGAAACAAUUAAGUAAUGAGAUAGAGGUGCUGCAAAAACAAAUUAGGAUACGAGAUGAUGCAAUCCCUAGAAGCAAUGCUGUGAUGAAAAGUCCUGAACUACAUCAUCUGAAUGGCAUUGGGGAGCUUCAAGGCAGGGUGGCAAGGUGUGAUGCAAGCAUUGCCAUAUUAACAGCUGACAUGACAUCAGUAUAUGAAGGAAUUCAGAACCUGAGCAAAGAGCAACAAAGAGCAAAACUGACCUUGGAAGCCAAAAUAAAGGAUAUUGAAGGGCAGAUUUCAGAACUUGUAAAGAGAAUUGAGGAAUCUAUCAGAGAGCAGGAAAGAAAGAUCAAGUUUAGUCGGGGACAGAACAGUGAACAGCCCCACCUGCUGGAUAUUGGUAGCCUGAAAAUGUCAGAAGUUAACUUUGAUAGGAUGAGGAGCAUAACUGAAGACAUUAAGAAUCAGGCUUUGUCCAUUUGCUUCCGUUUGGAACAGAAACUAGCUAGAAAGGAGCAGGAAUUGUUACAUCAAAUGGAACUGAUCUCCCUCACCGUGAAAGAUAAAACUGAAAACAGUGAAAAAUCCAUAGAGGAGAGGCUUAACCAACUAUCCAUGAAACUUGACAAAAUAGAGGCAAUACAAAAAAUGAACUCGGAGAUUUACAGCAUAAAAAAUGUUGAGAAGAAACUAAGUCUGAUCAUAAUAAGCAUAGAAGAGAAAAUGUGGAAAGAAAUAGACAACAUUGAAGCUGCGACUAACGCUGGGUUUUCAGCUAUUUAUGAUAGUAUUGGAUCCUUAAAACACAUACUUGAAGCAAAAAUGAAGCAGGAUAAAGACAAGUUGCAGAAACAGAUUCAUCAGAUUAAGCAAACCAUGGAUUCCAUUCCUCUGGAGCAGAGUUCAUAACAUAAUCACUGUCCAUAGUAUACAUCAUUCUAGACAUUGCCCAAUGAUAGUCGGAAACCAUUACCUUUUUAGAUGAUUAAAGCUAUUUGAUGCAGCCUGAGAAGAGGUAUUAGUAAAUGCUGAUAUCUAAUAUGUAAAGUUAACCAAGUAUGUCAGCAAAGUAGCUUCAUCUGAGCAUUGUAUAUCAAACACAAUGUGCACCUUUACCCCAAUAAAGUAACUUGUGUGUAUGUGUCUAUAAAAUUUCUGGUGCAUAAGAUGUUUUAAUGGGAUGAGAUGGAUUGAGAAUUUAAAAACAGACCAAAAGUAGCAUGGUUACACGGUGAACAGGGUUAUUUGUGCCUUUCUUGUAUAUGCCAUUAUAUGGGUUUACGAUAUUUAUGACAUAAUUCCAGAAGCCGUUUAGAAGUUCCAAAAGCUACAUAAAUUUUGAAAAUUGUGCCUUAUGUAAUUCUAGUCUCAGUUAGCAACUUUCGACAACACUGGGGCUAGAAAUACAUUUGUCUUACAUUUGGGUGUGAGGAGUUCUGAUUCGCAACCUGUCAGAAAUGAUUUGGACAGCAUGCAAAAUUUGCGUACUCCCUCUUUUCUUGAAUGUAAUGUAACCAUGAGUGGCCCCAGCACUGCCUUAGACUCCAUUGUACUUUUCAAUCUUCUCUAAGCAGCAGUAGAGUGGGGGAAGGUGGACUGAAUAGCUUUUUGAAGAAAUCAUAUUUUCAGUUUUUAAAGCAACAGUACUAUUAAAGACAAAUUACAGCAAUGUACCACAGACUGCUGGAUUUUUGAGUUACUAACCAGUGGAUUUUCUGUGUGCCUUAAGUUAAUAAUUAACUUGUAAGUAUUUCCGUAACUGUGGUGACUUCUUUCAAAACAGUUCUUGAGGCUUGGCUUUAGAUUUAUGAAUGGGUUUAUGCAUAUCACUCAUGGACUUUUGUUUAUUUUAGAUUGCUUUGUGACCCAGUGAGGUAAAUAAUAGAGCUUCAAUGUUUGUUAAAGACUUCUGGAACUUGGCUUGUAAGCUUUAGGGAAAGAUUCUUAACACUCCCUUAGAGAUGGAGACUUUGGAUUUUUGUUUUUACUUAGGGUGGGGCAGUCUUGUGAAGCCCUUGAAAUGGGAUGGCUGUAUCAACCCAUGAUGCUGAGAAGAGAAGGACAUACAGUGAACUAGAUUGCCUGAGAAUGAGGAUUUGUGUUAGUCCCAGACCAGAAGUGUUGGGAUAAAACUAUUAAGAGGUUACUUAAAGCUGAGGAAAUUGAAACUGAGGUGUAUGAUUGCUCCAGGAAGAAUCUAUUUGAGUUCCAGUCUAAAAGUUGAAGUCACAAUGACUUAAACCUACCAAGGCAUUAAAUAUAGGAGUUGUGGUGUGAGUAUUGUAUGAAUGGUAUUCUGGGUACAAUUGAGAAUCCAUUUUAUUUCAA